AUGGCGCCCCAGCGCUCCUAUCCAAAAUCCAAGAAGCGCCGUGCUAUCUCGAAAGCCAAAGAACUAGGUGUCCGACCUGCGGCAAAGGAACUAGAUAUCCCUCGUCGCGAUCUGCGCGGCUGA